AUGGCGGCUGCUCCGCCAGAGAGUUCUGUCCUCUCCCUGCUCAGCGGUAUCAGCCCUCGUCUAGCGGUAAAGGAACUCGAGGUCGUCCCUUCGGCUCGACUGCAGCGUCUUUAUAAUGUCAAGGUUACAGAGGGCCCGAGUCUUCUAUUGGCGCUACCCCCACCUGCGGUUAUACGGUUGCUACGCGCUGAGAAGUCGACCCUUGGUACUGAAGCUGCUGUGCUCAAGUGGCUUUCCGCUGUUGCAAGAGAGAGGAAAAUCUGCUCCGGCGCUGGGUCUAAAGAAGCUACAAGCAGGACAGUUGAAACCCCUGUAGUGAAGGAGACCAAUCCUCAACUGUUGGCUGGAUACUUACCUGCCCUUGUUCGGCAUGAGUCUAUUGGUGGUGUACUACCAGUUGAAUAUAACCUCAUCCGACCGCCGAGAGGCACUCCCAUAUCCACACUAUCAAGACCCCUAGACUCCCGUGAGCAAUGGUCGGUGGACUUCCAAACAGGCCAACUACUCCGUCGCAUAUCCAGCCAGGUUUCACCAACCAGGAGAUUUGGCAUUGCCGCUGAUGUCCUUUCAGGUGCUGACUCCUGGAGAGUAGCAUUUCACAGUCUGUUGGAAUCGGUCCUUCGAGAUGGAGAGGACUUGACCAUUAUGUUCAAUUACAACAACAUUCGACACCAUUUCGAGCGUUUCCAACAUCUGCUUGAUGCAGUAACGAAACCGCGACUUGUUGUCUUGGAUGCCGGCGAAGACUCCAAUACAUUAAUACACCGCCCAUACGAAAGCGAGAAGAAAUCUAUAUUCCCUAAGGCGGUGCAGCCACCACCGAAAUUAGGAAAAGGGGUUUCGAGGAAACCGGGGAAUGAUGGAAAGGUGGGGCAAGAAUACAGGAUAGUCUUGCAGGAUGGCAUCAGCAGAAAGGCGGAUUAUAUGAUAACAGAUGAGCCAAGCCAAAUCCCCAUCGAAGUAACUGGUUUACGACAAUGGAGCAACUGCGUGUUCGGCGAUCCCCUCAUGGCCACCGUCUUCAGCAAACGACCAAAUCUCUCAGAUGAUUUCUGGCGAGGAUUCGACAACCCACUACCAGGUGAAACGACAGCAAGCAUCAUCGAAGAUCGGGACAAUGCACACAUUCGCAUGCUGCUCUACGAGUGUUAUCACGCGGUGGUCACUCUGGUGGGAGAGUACUAUAGGCCGCAGACCGACAGCAGCAGGCGAGAGCUUGCAGCUCGAAAACAUCUCGGCAAUGUGCUGGCUCGGCUUGAAGAACUUGAUGAUCGGGGCCAGCAGAGGCGUAGGUGUAUGAGUGGUGAGAUGUCACCUGCGAAGAGACCGCGCUCCGGACAGGAGAGCGACGAAGAUAGCGAACCUUGA